UUACUCUACAGCUAUGUACUGUACAGUACAGUACAGUGAGUGACGCCGUUGGGACUACGCGCAGCCAUUCUGCAAGACUCCAAGGCUAAGUAGUGUGAUGUGGAUUAGGCUUGUAUUAGUCGUUCUGUGGAUUAUCUCAACAUUUCGAGCCUUCAGCAACUACGGAGAGUCAGAGAGAAGGCAACUAGGUCGUUUACUGGGCAUAGAGGAAACAAAACCUUUUCUUAUCGGAAUUCCUCUCAAUUUGCUCUUCAUUGGAUUUCAUCACGAAAAUUUGGGCAAAUUCCGAUUGUCACAAAAGUCCCUUAGGACGUGGUUCGAACAUAUAGAAGACCGCGUUGCGUACACGACUAUUGAUUCGAGAACAAGAAGAGUGAGAGAGACUUCAGACAGUGUGUUUUAUGACUUUCAGAUUCGUGUCGUGGAGAUUGACAAAUUGGUGGAUGCAGCUUUGGAAGCAGCACUGAAGACUUUUAUGAGAAGAGAAAGCAUGACAAAUACGACGUAUUAUCAGGUGGAUGCUGAUAGAAUGGCUUCUGUAUUCGAGAGUCUAUUUCAUGCUAUCGGUCUUACUGACUCGUAUUCAUUUGUUGUGGCACAUCCAGAUGUAUCAUUUCUCAAAUCUAGAAAACCAUACGGUUACAGAACUGGUUUUUCUGCUGAGGAAAUUGCGUUUUUGCAUAAUCAGCACACAAAAGACAAACUGAAGUUAAAUUGGUCAGAGAAAGAGAAAGAGAAUUUUCCUGCUGAUCAUGAUCCAGACCAUGAAGCGGAACCUAUUAGAAAACACGAGAGAAAACCAGCUGCUUCUGUUGAAUUUGUUGACAAAAAGAAAGUGUCAGAGAAAUGGGCUAGUGAUUUCCUGAUUCAAAAUCAUGAGCUGAUCAAACAGCGUGAAAAAAGUCUCAAGAUUAGUGAUGAGCAGUGUGAUAUACCUGAAACAAUAGUCCUUAAAGAUGAGUUGGACAGAUUGUUACAGAAAAGUGAUAGCAAGCAUGAGGGAGAUCAUGACCAUGCACGAGGUCACCGCAUCAACAUGGAAGUGAUGAAUAAUGCAUCUGUGCUGUCUAGACACAUUAUCAGAUCAGGCUCAAAAGAUGACAGAAAGUACUUGCAGCAAGUAUUGGAACUGGGUUCAGAAGUAGUACAUCCUAACUGCUUGGUCGAUGCAUGGAUAGGCAGAGGAAGGUAUGCAUGGGUUGAUUUGAGUGCUGGACCAUUUGUAUGGGGUUCUAAGCAAGCUAAGUUCGGUGAUCAAGUGAGAGGUAUACAGUCAUUUCCAAGAGUUGAUGAGAAACAAGAAGGAGAUGGUUUAAAAACUACCAAAGAGAAUAUUUCUCAUUCUGAAUCACUUAUUAAACUGAAGGAAAUGACUGGCAUGUUUGACAAUGAAGAUGAAAUGGAGGUUUUGUUGAUUUCAUGGGAGAGAUACUGUCGGUACUAUAGUAUCCAAGCCAAGAAGAAAAAAAAGGCUCAAGCUACUGACAUCCAUUUUGAGCCAAUCAUGUGUAAGUAUCUGUCUAAGCGAUUGCAAGCAAUUGGUGGACUUGAAGAUGACUUUGGUGUACUUGAUAUGCAACAGUUUGCAAUAGAUGGAGUUGAUCCUGAUAUCACACAAACAACAGAUGUUGAUGGGUUUCUGUCUCAUCUUGGGUAUGUGAUUUCGAGUGGAAUACGUCACAUCAUUACACCUCCAUCACUUACCAGUCGUCAACCUCAAAAGUCCUUUGCUGAAGUGAAGCAUGUCAUGGUGUAUGCUUUAUAUAACCAUGAUUUGUAUGACCCACUGGACACCAAUGCUGGAGGCUUAGAUUCAAUCCUUCUUAAACAAGAAAUCAAUAAAUUCCGAGUGACAGAUACUCCCAUUGAGGUUAGUGUGUGGCCUCUACCAUUGAGUAGUCAUCCAGUCCUUGCCUAUGCAUUUGCGUAUGCACAAAAGGCAUCAGCAAUUUAUCAAGGAGCUACAUGGUCAACUGUGAAUUACAUUGACUCAUCACUGUUGGAAGAUGAAGUGCACAAAUGGUUGAAUGCAAAUGCCAUGCCAUCAUCAUCGGAUGCUACAUCAAUCAGUGUUAUGUUGUUCUCAGUUGCAAGAGACUCACCUCUUUUGAUAGACAAGUUCUACCAAUCUGUAGCAUUGACAGAUAUGGUGUUGGGCAUUCAAAACUCUCAAACAAAUUGGGAGAGUUCUGUGGUCUGUAAUGACAAACCAAUGAAAGUAAAUCUUCGAAACCCAACAAAAGCGCUUUUGUCUGCUAUUGUUACUCAUUUAUCAGGGAUUGGAUAUCUUCAUGUUGCUUAUCCCAAGGGUGACCAGACAUCAACUAGCAACUGGCUAUGGUCAGUUGGUGAUUCUCCCUUUUCAGACACGAGCAUGUCAGGUCAUUUUUCAGCAUUACAGAGAGACUCGGUGCAUCGCAGUGCUGUUGCAUCAGCCAUUGAUAGUGCAUCAAAGAAACAGAAGGCUGGGCUAGAUAUUUUGUAUUCACUACCUGAUAUUACUAUGUUGUCUGGAGAUUUCUUGUGGCAAUUAGUUCGACGUAUAUACCCCAAUAUAGGCAGACAACUUGGUAAAGCGGUGUCUAAGGCUAGUCACUUAGAGUGGUACUCAGCAAUGCAAGCAGCGAAGAAUGCCACAAAUGUGGCAGGGAAAUUCUACGAUGCUUGCAGAAUCGUCGCAGAUCGAGCGAAGAAAAAUACUUGCCAGAAAGAAGAGGGUGUCUUUGGUGCUGCUCAUCGAUUAGCCAUCUCACAGUGGCCUUCUCUUCUGAUCUGGUCUGUUCCAGUUUUUCUCGUACUCUGCUUUGUCUUAUGGUGGAUUACCUAUUGCUUGAAAAAAUUCCCUAAGCAUUCUCAGAGGUUGUAGUCUGUAAUGUUAGUAUUUUAGAUUUUAAUUUAUCGGUUGCAGCCAUCUGUUGAUGAUCGAUUGCUCAUCUUUCUCUGAUAUGGUUGUCAUUAUUUAGUUGCCCAAGGGGCGAUGGAGGAAUGUACAUAACCUGGAGCGUACAGUCUGGAGAACCCAUGGGCUACCUGUCACAACACAAUAAUCCAGUAUAUUGC